AAAAAAAUUAGAUAUGAUAAAAAUGGCCAUCUAAGAUCCCAAUUUACUGAUAUUAAUUUCGCUCGAUCGGAAACUAUAUUUGACUCAAAGGUUGUGAAUUCGAAGGAUUUUUUCGGGUUUUAUACUUUGUUUUGGGUAGUUGUGUUAAUCAUUUUUACUAAUAGGUUAUUUCAAAAUUUCAAGAAUAAAAGUUUUCAAUUUCAAAUUGUUCAAAUUUUAAUCAAGGAUAUCUUUAAAAUCGGCUUUACUGAUUUAUUAAUGUAUCUCUUAACGUUUUUUUCUCUUUUUGUUCAACAUUUAAUCAAAUUGAAUUAUUUGACUUGGGAAAAACUGGGUUGGCUAAUUGAAAGCGUUAUUGAAUCAUCAAUCGUGUUCUUCUCCAUUUGGUUUUCAAAUUUCAAUAAUUAUCCAUGGAUUGGAAGAAUCUUUCUUUUUCUACAUUCUUUAGUAUUAAUAAUGAAAAUUCAUUCUUAUGCUUUUUACAAUGGUUAUCUUUGGAAAAUUAAAAAUGAGUUAAAAAACUCACUCAAUUUAUUAAAUCAUUAUCAAAAUAAACUAAAUAAACUAAAUAACUCAAAUGAAAAUGAAAAUGAAAAUGAAAAUGAAACGCCAAAACAUCUCAUCCAUUUUUGUGAAUUUGAAUUAAAUACUCAUUCAUCAAAGGAUUCCACUUUUCCAAAUAAUAUCAAUGUUAAAAAUUUUGUUCAAUAUACACUCUUCCCAACUCUAGUGUAUCAAAUCAUUGAAUAUCCAAGAACUCAGAAAAUUAGAUGGAAUUAUCUCUUAAUUAAAAUCAUAGCAAUAUUUGGUGUAAUUGCCUUAAUGACAACGUUAGCACAAGAAUGGAUGUAUCCAAUUGUUUUGAAAAUAUGUUCUUUGAAAGCGUCUUCAUUCACAGAUAAAUUAAAAGAGUACCCAUUUGUUUUUCUAGAUAUGGUUCCUCCAUUUAUCUUGAUGUAUCUUUUGGUCUUUUACUUGAUCUGGGAUGCAAUUUUAAAUGCAAUAGCAGAAUUAACAAGAUUUGGUGAUAGAGAGUUUUAUGGUUAUUGGUGGAACUCUAGAGGAUGGGAUGAAUUUUCAAGAGAUUGGAACAAACCGGUGCAUUUUUUCUUAUUAAGGCAUGUUUAUCAUUCUUCAAUAAGCUUUUUAGAUUUGGAUAAAAACUCAGCGACAAUUUUUACGUUUUUGCUAUCGUCACUAGUUCAUGAGCUCUGCAUGUUUGUUUUAUUUGGUAAGUUGAGAUUCUACUUAUUUUUCAUGCAAAUGUUCCAAUUGCCAUUGGUGGCACUUUCAAGAACCAAAUACCUUAAAAACAGAAAAAUCCUAGGCAAUCUUAUAUUCUGGUUGGGCCUAGUAACUGGUCCUUCGCUCACCUGUACAUUAUACCUAACCUUCUAA